AUGGGAGAAGGAAAUGGCAACCCACUCCAGUGUUCCUGCCUGGAGAAUCCCAGGGACAGAGGAGCCUGGUGGGCUGCCGUCUAUGGGGUUGCACAGAGUCAGACACGACUGAGCAGCAGCAGCAGCAGGGAUGGGGAGAUGCGCAGUUCCUCACCCCCGUCACCAGGAGGCACUGUUGUCCUGUCUCCAAAGGCUGGGGGUGGUCUCAGCCGAAAAGAGUUGGUGGGGAAAGCAGGAGGGUGGGAGUGUGGUGGAUAUUUCCAAGCUGAGUGUUACUCCUGCAAAGCCAUCUCUGCUUAUAAGGAUGGAGAUGAGUGA